ACAUAUACAGUAUACGUAGUACAGACUAGACGACGAGUUAAUUUGCUCAUUGCUAGCGCUUGCGGAAAUAAUAUCGACGACAAGAAUGGCCCAGUUAUUCACGCAAAAGCAGAUUGACGAAUACAAGGAGUGUUUUGCACUCUAUGACAAGACGAGGAAGGGGCAUAUUUUUGCUGAUGAACUUACUAAAGUAAUGAGGUCACUUGGGACUAACCCCUCUGUAGAAGAAAUCAAAGCUUACAGAAAACAAUAUGAAGCGAAUGAUAAGAUCUCAUUUAGUGAUUUCUUAGUGAUCAUGUAUGAACAGCAUAAGAACGAAAACCCUUUCAAGGAGAUCAUGGAUGCAUUCAGAUUGACCGAUACCCAAAAUAGAGGAUUUAUCAUGGCUUCGGAAUUCCGCAACAUCAUGACUAAGUUCGGAGAGAAAAUAUCUGAUAGGGAAGUUGAUGACAUGAUGAGAGAGUUUGGAAUACAGAAGAAUGGCUUCGUCAAGUACUAUGAUAUCGUGCCCAAACUCCUUGAACCAAUCCCGGAUCAUUAUAAAUGAUGACUGACUUUCUUAAAACUUAAGAGUAACCAUUCCCUCUUCCUCUCUAUCGUUUUGAUACUGAAAAGACAAUGUGAUUGACCCCAGUAUGAAAUGAGUUUAGAGGCCCAUUCAAAUUCAGAAGAAUGGAUUACCGGUAUACAUGUAGAAACUGUAUAAUUUAUUUACUAAAAAAAAGAAUCUGCAUAAAGCAUCUUUCUUGUGUCUUAUACUAUUUAUAAAACCUCUCAUUUGUAUAUUCCAAUGAUACAGUACUGUUGAUGGUUUAUUCAUCUCAUAAUAUAUGAAAGUGCUUGCAAUUUUGCAAGCUAUCUAACAUUUUGUUAAUGGUAUUAUGUAUGUAAUUCAAUUGUAACUGAUCAUGAUUUCAUUUGGGGGAUGUACAAAUUAUGGAAGAGAGAAGAGGUUGGCAGUAAUCAUAUGGGAAUCUAUGUAGAGGAAAAGAGCAGGAAGUAAAUCUAAAUGAUUGUAAACCUACUUACAUUUUAUAUGAAUUACAAAAUACAUUUUGAUAAAGCUUGAAGUUUGACAAUUAUCUUUCAAACAUUCAUCAGUAGGAUUUUGACAGAAAUUAGGAAGCAAAAUUGAUAUUGUUGUUUAUAUUGUCUUUUGUAAUAACUUUUAAUUCAGAUUUUUUUUUUUUGUAGGGGGUGCUUGUUCUACCCCCCCUGCAUUGGCACUUGAAAAUUUAUUCAUUUUAGCCAGGAGAUAUAAUCAUACAUUCACAUAAUUUGCUAUACAGUGCGUCCCACAAAAACGAAACCAAGAUUUAGCAAUGAUUUAUCAUAACUUAAUCACAAAUACAAUAGACAAAUGACCUUUCAUUGUAAAGCUUAGAGUCCCCUCCUUCAUCUGCUACAACAAAGAAGAUUUUUCAUUCAUGCAUGAGUGAGUAAAAAGAAUUUGAAGAAAGGAUACCAAAAAGUCACUUGGCGGAUGGUAUCUGGGUUUCAAAAAGAAAAUCACAUUUUUAAAAUGUUCAAUAUCUGCUCUUUAAUGUGAUACAUCAAUCGCAGAAAAUUGUCAAGAAAUUACAAAGUUCUGUUAAUUUGGAAUAAGGCUUCAAUUUCAAUAAUUUAAUAAAAUAAAGAGGUUUACUGGCUAGCUUUCAAACUUACUUGACACUACGUUCUGUUGACGAUCAUCCAUGCAUAAAGUCUUUUGUUAACCAUGCAAUAGCUUAGGUGGGAAAGUGGUGAAAACAUGUUUGUUUAAUGGAAUUAUGGCAAUUCAAGCAUUGUUUGGAAGGAACAGAAGUUUGUUAUUUCUUGACCAUUAUCUGUGAUUGAGGCACCAAAAUAAAAAGCAGACAUUGACCUUUUUUGGUUUUCUUUUUUAAAUUUGGAUAGCCCCUGCCAAAUAACUUUUUGGUAUCCUUUCUUGAAAUUGUUUUUACUCAUGUGUGUAUGAGAAAUAUUGUAUGCUGUACCAGAUGAAAGAAGAGACUCUUAAGCUUUACAAUGAUAGGUCAUUUGUCUAUUGUAUUUACGAUUUAGUUAUGAUAAAUCAUCGCUAAAUCUCGGUUUCGUUUUGUGUGGUACACACGAUAUAUCAGGUUUAUUUUUUAUCUUUUUUUUUGUGUCCAUAAAAAAAUCACGUUUUGAACAAAUAAUACCUUUGCGCCUUGCCCUGAGAUGAUGCCAGCUUUAGCACCACUCCAAGAUGAAGGGCAAAGAUUUAACAAAUUAUAUGACAGCCUGUAUCAAACAGGGAGAUAUCAUUAUCGUGUGAGGUGCCGUGGCUGAGUCGUCUAAGGCGCCUGACUAAACAUGGCAUUUAAUCAACAAUGCUCUUUUAUCCUGCAUUCAAAUGAAUGCAAAUGCUUUACGCAUUCUUGGUAACUAUGUGUGCACUUGUAUCGUAAUCCUGAUGUAAGAGGCUGAUAAAUUCAUGCAAGAAAAUCGAGAACUGUGAGUAAAUUGUUUUUUCAUAGUUCGAUUUUGUUAAUUUAAAGUAUGAAAUUUAACAUAAUAGUAUCUAGCAUUUAUGAGGUGCAGAUUAUCUAGUUGCCUAUUCAAUGGCACUAUAUAUUACCCCGGCUAUAGCUCAAGCUGCUAAGGGUGCUUGAUGCAUUCAAGGAAUUAAUCCUCCUGGGUACCUCACCUGGGUUAAGUGCAGCUGCAGCACAAUGGGGGUAAAUUUCUUGCUGAAGAAGUUUGUAUUACCAUAAGAAAGAGCAAAAAUAGACAUUUUAGGGGUAUUUUAUAGUCCAUCAAAGGCAAAGUUGUUCAUAUGACAUCACACAUUGUUGCAUUGCCAAUAGGAGAAUCUCCAGAGCAUUAAGGCCACUGCACACCUUACGACCCGACUGUCGGCGAUCAGUCGUGUCGUAAGGUGUGCGGUGGCCUUUAGUGAUCGCAAUAUUCAAAUCCUCAUAACUUUCUCAUUAUUGUCUGAUUUUUCUCAAACUUUUCUUUGAUCUUUUUCUUUGAUUUUUCUGUUUCCACACAAGUCCCCUUGUUUUAAAGGUUUCAUUUCCCUUUAAUUCUCAAAUAAUUUUAAAAAUAGUAGAAGACAUUAUUUUUAGCGUUGGUUAAGAUUUAGCUGCUGGUACAUGUAAUUAAAUGUCAAAUUUAUACCUUUUUUCACAGCACUCACUAAAUAAACCACUAGUUUAGUAAUUGAAUAACUAAUUUCAUUUACAUCUCCAUUUCCAAUUCAAAGGUUUAUGUUCUUAAUAAUCAUUUGAAUAAAAAUAAGCAAUUCUUUUUGUUACUGCAGCAGAAUUUAAUGGCUAGCAUAACGCAUCAAAUAAUGUAGGAUAAUGACCAUUGGUUUUGCAUUUGGGUGUGGAUAGUGUUGCAGGCAUGUAUCUAUUCUAUAUGUAAUUUGUCCAACCUGGAUUGUAUGAGACGUGUGAGUAAUAUUGACAUUUUGAUAGCAUGUUUUACUGAAGUUCAAGGGCAUGCCAAACCUUCCAUUGUUUUCACAACAAUAACUCAUUGAGGCAUGUUAUAACACACAUACAAUAUUGUAUUUGAAUGGGGCUUUGGACAAUGUCUAUGGCUGUGAAAGGUUAUUAUCGGUGGCCUAUUCUGAUUAAGGGGGGGGGGGUAGUGCUCCAUUAUAUUAUUGUAAACAUGUAGUACGUCAUGAAAGUUCAUCUGUGUUGGUAGAAGAUACUGAAAAAAAUCACCAUUUGUUUUCAACAUACUGGAAAUUGCACCCCAAUGACUUGGGCUGCCUAUUAAAGCAUUUUUUUUUCUGUCUUCAAUUUUUUUUUUAAGUUUUCUAUUUCAUUACGAUCUGGUGAGUGAUUAGAUUCUUGUACUCUUGUAAGGCUUCAAAAGGCUCAUUACUGUCCUUGAAAUGACAAGAUGCCUUGGAUAUAUUCCAAAGGGAUUCUGAUUAGAAACUUUGAUUUGAAAGGUUGUUAACCCUAAUACUCCCGGUUUAUUUCAAAGCUUGUAUUACGGGGGGGGGGGGGGCAUAAUGGCCCCCCUCCCCCGAGAUCUUUGCCAUGGGUUGCUUGAUUGCCUAAGUUCACAAAAUUCCUUUUAAAUUUUUUUAAAUUAAUUUAUGCGAGAAAUCAUAGGUUUUGGUAUUUCUCACUGAAUAAAGCCUCAGUUGGUACAAAUGUCUUUCAUAACACCCUCACCAAAUUCUGACUAAGAUAGAUAGGUUGUGGUAAUUAUUUCUUUUGUAUUUUAUUGUUUUUUUUAAUUUUCUUAUGUAUUUCUUUGUUUUUCGUCAAGUGUUUUCAGAUCCGUAAGGGUGGGUGUGUCACAGUGUGUGUUGUAAUUAUUCGCACUAUUUGAAGCAAUGAUGAUGCUUAACUAGAAAAGUAUAAACAUAUGAUGGGAAAAGCUCCUGACUUUGUCCAUAUGGUUAUACACAGUAAUAUAGAGAAAUAGCGAAAUUUCAGUGACAUGUGUUCGGUAAACGUAAUCUGACUCAACACAUGGUAGGUCUGAUUGCCAUAAAUUUGGUAUCAAAAUGUCCGGGAAGGAUCAAAGAAAAAAGUCAUGAAAUUUUGUUUCGAAAUAUUGAGGCAUACAGAAGUCUCGACAAAAAUUUUAGGGCAUAAUGCCCCCCCCCCCUCCGGAGUAUCAGGAUUAAACAAAAAUACACUUUUAAAAUGCUAUUGUCCAUGAAGACCCCCUUUCUUGCUUGUAACUGUAUUAUGUUAUUAAAUGUUUGCAUAUACAUAUUGAACUUGUCUUUUACUGCUAAAAGUGAGGUGUUUAUCCUUGUCACCUGUCAUUCUGAUUAUGAUUUCCGCCUUUAAUACUAUGAAGAACUAUCAAUAUGAAAUAUAAAAUAUAGACAGUCUUUCAGUAAAGAAUUUACAUUUAAUAUGUGAAUGUGACCAAUGUAACUCCAUGAAAUAAUGAGCUACUUGUAUUUAUUUUUUUUGUAUUCAUGAAUAUAUUUCAGAUAGUAGUAUUCAAA